CUCAACUACUGACUCGUUAAUAUUGGAGCUUAGAAUACACAAACUCGAAUUAUGCUCGGCUCGUUUACACUAUGUUUGCCGAUUUAUAUAAGCGGCCAUUGUUGUUUCUUAACCUAGAAGCAAUGGCCUUCUUUAUAUCACCUUCGUGCGCUACUUUUUCUUCGCAGAGCUUAUACAAACAAUCCUUUAUACCUAGUUGAAGCACUCCGAGCUUUUGCUUUUCUUCUUUUUUCACCGUUUAUUUUCGCAAUCGAUAAUGGCCGAAGAGAAUUCCAACCCUCAACAACCCCUUUUGGCGAAAGGCGAGGAGCAGCAGGGGCUCAAGUACCUGGACUUCGUGCAGGCGGCGGUUUUCCGCGCGGUGGUGAUUGCCGGGAGGAUGUAUGGUUGCGCCAAGGAGAAGUCGGGCCCUCUCAAGCCCGGAGUUGAUACCGUCGAGGGCACCGUUAAAGCUGUCAUAGGCCCGGUUUACAAUAAGUAUCACGGCGUUCCUGUUGAUGUUCUCAAAUUCGUUGAUAGUAAGGUCGAUGAAUCUAUUAUCAAAGUCCAGAGCUUGAAGCAGGCUUCGGCCCAAGCCCUUGUGGCAGCCCAGUCAGUCGCGGCUGAGGUCAAGAACAACGGUGUUGUGGGGACCGCCAAAAAAUACGAGCCUGUGGCCGAAGAGUAUGCCAUGUCCACCUGGCGCUCCCUGAACAAGCUGCCGGGCUUCCCGAGCGUGGCCCGGGCAGUGGGGCCCACAGCCAGCUACUUCACGAACAAGUACAACGAGACAGUCAAGGAAGCUUCCGGAAAGGGCUACAAGGUGGCUUCGUACCUUCCGCUGGUGCCAAUUGAGAGGAUUGCAAAGGUGCUUGACUCAUGAGCUGCGCUCAUAUUUGUGUUCUGGUUUUUCGUUAAUAGGAACGAUAAUUUAGUUUUAAGUUNAUCAUUGUCCAUCUCCAAAAUGUGAAAUCAUUGUCCAUCUCCAAAAGUUUCACGUUAUUUCUUGUUUGUGUUUGGACGUGUGUGG